GUCUGGGGUUGCACGUGUCAGUGUUUGUGUACGUGCGGCAGCCGCUGGGCGGGUAAGGGCCCGGCGGCCAAAGGUUAGGCUGCUGGGACGCUGCCAGAGCUGGAGCGCGGCGGUGAGGGGCCGGCCAGCUAGCCUCAGCGAUCUUUAAAUUCUUUCCCAUGUGGGCGGCUUGUGCAUGCUUACCUGCCAGUCUGCAGCGAGUUCCACUCCGCUCUGCACGCCCAAGGACUCCUGUCCGCUGCUGUUAGGUGGAAAUGCUGUUGCUUGAUUGCAACUCAGAGAUGGAUAGUUUGAAGCAUCUAUUGGAGACCGGGGACUCAGUCAACGCACCCCCAAACCCCUUCGAGCAGUCGCCUGUCCACUUGGCCGCGGGUGGCGGCUGUGCUUGCUUUCUCCUCUGGCAGCUGCAAAUGGGCGCUGACCUCAACCAACAGGAUGUUUUUGGAGAAGCUCCACUACACAAGGCAGCAAAAGUUGGGAGCCUGGAAUGCCUUAGCCUGCUUGUAGCCAGUGAUGCCCAAAUUGAUUUAUGUAAUAAGAAUGGGCAAACAGCUGAAGAUCUUGCUCGGUCAUGUGGAUUUCCAGAUUGUGCCAAGUUUCUUAUGGCAAUUAAAUGUAUGCAGACAAAAAAAUCAAGUGAAAGAUCCGAUAGAGAGCAUUGUGUUCCAGUGCUCAGUCAGAAACGGAGUUUCGGAAGUGCAGAAGAUAUAAAUGGAAAAAGGAAGUGUUGAUGUCAUGUUGGUUAUGAAGAGGUUUGAAGAGGCCUUCACUUUGUGCAAAUCUGCUGCUUAGCUACAAGCUGUGGCUUUUGGCUCAUCAGGUGUUUCCAAACUCCUUCUGAGAAGGAGGAAAACUUUCUUCUAAGUGAAGAUAACAUUUAAGAAUACAUGUAUUUACAUGCCUAUACUAUUUUGGUUGUGCAUGCUUUGUCUUUGAAGUUAUUAAAGGAAUGUCUAAA